CGUCCCCUUUGACUCGUUCCCACGUCAUCCUUCACUUCGCGCGUCUCGCAUAAAGCAGAUGGCCGUGGCCCCUCUCUCCAACCCUCUCCCAUGGCCACUGCAUCCUCCUCUUCCUCUUAUUCAUCCUCGUCUUGUGCCGCCGUCCCUCGAUGGGACUACGACGUCUUCCUCAGCUUCCGAGGCGAGGACACCCGCGCCGGCUUCGUCAGCCACCUCCACGCCGCCCUCCGCCGCGUCGGAGUCCGCGUCUUCAUCGACGACGAGCUCCGGCGGGGGGAGACGAUCUCCCUCUCGCUCGAGCGGGCCAUCGAGUGCUCCAGGAUCGCCAUCGUCGUCUUCUCCCCCGACUUCCCCGCCUCCCCCUGGUGCCUGCAGGAGCUGGCCAAGAUUCUUGAGAUGCAGGACUCGAGAGGGCAACUGGUCCGCCCGGUGUUCUUCCACGUCGACCCGAGCGAUGUGCGGAAGCAGACCGGCGUCUUCGCGGCGAUCAUGGCGAAGCACGAGGAGGUUUUUGGUGGUGAUGAUUCGGAGAGAGUGAAGAAGUGGAGAGACGCGCUUCGCAAAGCGGCUAAUUUGUCCGGAUGGCAUUUAGGCCACGGUCUUGAAUCUGAACUCAUCCAGAAAAUUGUUGAAGAAGUGUCAAGCAAGCUGCAUCGCCAGUACUUGGAUGUUGCAAAGCAUCCGGUUGCUCUCGACAAACAUAUACAGGCUGUAAGAAUGUUAUUGCGUACAGAGGAUGAUGGCGUUCGCGUUGUGGGUAUCAGUGGGAUUGGCGGAAUAGGCAAGACAACUAUUGCUAAAGCUAUAUACAAUAUGAUUGCUGAUCAAUUUGAAGGUAGUAGCUUUCUGGCAAAUGUUAGAGAAACUUCUAAGCAGUAUGGCCUACAUAAACUGCAAGAAGCUUUUCUUCGUGAUAUUUUGGGCGAUAAAACCAUAAAGGUUGGCUACAUUCAGGCAGGUGUAGAUUUGAUCAGGCAAAAUCUUUGCAAUAAAAGGGUUCUGUUAGUUCUUGAUGAUGUGGAUCGCACGGCCCAACUAAGGCACUUAUUGGGUGAAAGAAGUUGGUUUGGUCAGGGGAGUAGAAUAAUUUUAACAACAAGAGAUGAAGAAGUGCUAGUCGCUCACAGUGCAAAAAUCUGUAAGGUUGGUGAACUAAAUUAUGAUGAUUCUCUUCAACUUUUCAGUUGGAAUGCCUUUCAGGAACCAUCACCUACAGGAGAUUACCAGCUUAUCUCCUACGGCUUUACUCACUAUGCCAAAGGUCUCCCUUUGGCUCUUAUUGUAUUGGGAUCUUUCUUGAGUGGUAAGAGUGUUCAUGAAUGGGAAUGUGCAUUAGAAAGAUUGAGAGCCAUUCCUGACGGCCAGAUUUAUGAGAUUUUGAAAAUUAGUUUUGCUGGAUUGGAAACUAAUGAACGAUCUAUCUUUCUUGACAUUGCUUGUUUCUUUAAUGGGGAAGAUAAAGAUCAUGUAACAAAGCAACUGGACCGUUGUAACUACUAUCCAGACAGGGGGCUUCAAAUUCUCUCCCAAAAAUCUCUAAUAUAUAUUGACUCGAACAGAAUAUGGAUGCAUGACUUGCUUCAAGAAAUGGGUCGAGAAAUCGUGCGGCAAGAAUCUCCUGAAAAUCCUGGCAGGCGUAGUAGACUCUGGUAUCAUGAAGAUAUUCUGAGAGUCUUCCGGGAAAAUUCGGGAACAAACUCUGUUGAAGGUAUUAAAUUGGACAUGCUUGAGCCUGAAGAGGUGUUUAUGGGUAGAAAAUCCAUCAAGCAGAUGAAAGAGCUGAGGCUGUUUCUGGUGGGUGACAUACAUAUAUCUGGAUGCCCCGGGUAUCUUUCAAAAGAUAUUAGGUGGCUCGAUGUGCAUGGAAACAACUUGCCAGCAACGGUGGAGAGCUGUGAUCUUGAGCAACCUAGUAUUCAUGACGAGAGCUGUGAUCCUGAGCAACCUUGUAUUCAUGAUUCCAGUCCCACCGAACCUGCAAAUAAUGAGCAACAUCAUGGGCCGAUCAAAAAGAUCUUGUCUAGAUUUAGAUUCGAAGGUGCAGCAUCAAGAAACUGCAGAGGUGCUCUGUCAGACUUUGAAAGUAUUAUGGCCACCCCACUCAAGCUUCCCCAGUUUUUACGUUUCGAAAGACACAAUGGUUACAGUCGUAACAUUGGCAAAGCAGACUUUGACAUGGAUAUGCUGUUGGAGGAAUAUUCGGCACUUAAAAUAGUUUCAAAGGCAGAGCUGGUUUGCGCAACAAAUAACUUCUCCGAUGAUAAUAAGAUUGGAGUAGGUAGCGCCGGUAUAGUGUAUCGGGGGAUAUUGGGUGAUGGGCAGGAAGUGGCCAUCAAGGGGAUAGAUGUAACCCGAAAAGUCAUCCCCGAUCGCAAAACUGACACAUUCAUCACCGAGAUCAAAAUUAUUGGUCAUGUCAAACAUAAGAAUCUUGUUCGGUUGUUGGGAUUUCAUGCAAGUUAUAGUAAGUGCGCCCUAGUGUAUGAGUACAUGAACAAUGGCUCGCUGUACUGCCACCUUCACACUAUCGGAAGCUCAACUUUGAUGUCCUGGAAUGCGCGGCUCAAGGUGGCACUGGAUGUCGCUAGGGGAAUCGAGUACUUGCACGAAUUUGCAGGUCCUCAAAUAGUACACCGAGACAUCAAGUCAUCGAACAUAUUGCUAGAUGAAAACUGGACUGCAAAAGUUUCGGAUUUUGGAGUCUCUGUACGUCUUCCUAAGGGUGAAGAUUACUUUGAGGAUUCUGUUGUUGGCUCCCUUGGUUAUUUGGAUCCAGAAUACUUCAAUACCUCAAGACUAACAGCUAAGAGCGAUGUGUAUAGCUAUGGAAUUGUGUUGCUUGAAUUGUUAUCUGGACGCAAAGCAUUCCAAAGGGAUGAAGAUGGCCCGUUAGGUCAUAUCACGGAGGUCGUAGUUCCACGCAUUGUUGAGGAAGAAAUUGGCAAGGCUCUGGACCCAAACAUGCCAAUUCCGGCCACUUCCGAGAUGAUGGCAGUGGAAUAUAUGGCGUACCUCGCCGUGGAUUGUGUUCAGAUAGAAGCUGGAAACCGGCCCUCGAUGACUGAUGCAGUGGACCGCCUAAGGAGUGCUUUAGCUCAAUGCUCAUCCACGUGACGGGAAAAACAUCACCAACUUGUCUCCACUCAUUCUGUAGAUGAAAGGUAACACAAUAUCUGAUGUAUAACCGAUAAGUUUAAAUUCUGAGAGUGUAUAUCUGCCGAAUUUUGAGUAUAAUCAUUAUAAAUUAGUGUUUAAAA